AUGGGUUAUUAUCUAGCAGAUGGGAUAUAUCCGUCGUGGGCAACUUUUGUGAAGACCAUUCCAGAGCCACAAGGUAAUAAGAAAAAAUACUUUGCAAAGGCACAAGAAGCUUGUCGAAAGGAUGUUGAGAGGGCAUUUGGGGUUCUCCAAUCUCGCUUUGCUAUUGUUCGUGGUCCAGCUCAUUUGUGGGAUGAAGUGACGCUCCAUAAUAUUAUGAUGGCUUGCAUCAUAAUGCAUAACAUUAUUGUUGAAGACGAGCGUGAUAACUAUGAUUACAACUUCGACGACAAGGGCCAAUAUGUAUGCAACUACGAAGAUAUGGGAGAAAGGGUGACAGUUUCCCAUGAUGCUGCACCUGAACUUGAUGCUUUCAUUCAGAAUUACAAAAAUAUCAAGAGCAAGGAAACCCACACUCAGCUUCAAGCGGACCUGAUCGAGCACUUGUGGCAAAACCAUGAAAAUUUGUACUCCAUUGAAUAA